AUGGCAACCCCAAUUCUCCCAUUCCGGGAUAUCAAUCUCCAUGCCUCUGCCGCUCAUUACGCUUUUACUUCACCCUCGUCUCCGAAUGCCCCUGCCCUGGUCGUUGACCGACCGACCGGUGAUCUGCGUCUCCACGAUGGCCCUCUCUCGGGCGCGAAACGCAUCUCGAGUAUUGCCGGAAUCUUGGGUAUGAUCAAACUGAAGCUAGAUAAAUAUCUCAUCGUGAUCACCAAGGCCCAGCCCAUGGGUCGACUACGCGGCCACAUGGUUUACAAAGUUGCCGGCACCGAGUUCUUGCCCCUUCGUGAACGUCCUUUGCAUGAUUACGACGAGGACACCUAUCUCGCGCUCCUCAAGGAAUUGCUACGUACCGGACCGAUGUACUUCUCCUACGCAUUGGAUCUUACAAAUAGUUUCCAGCGCCAGUCGCAAAGCGAUGCCAGUCUCCCGAUGUGGAAGCGGGCCGAUGACCGGUUCUUCUGGAAUCGCUUCAUUCAGUCCGAUUUGAUCGACUUCAGUGUAGGAGGACAGGAUAACACAAGUAUGCGCUAUGGUCCCCAGCCCGGAGUCGAUCCAUAUAUUUUGCCUGUGAUGUACGGAAUGCUGCGGAUCACACCUGCGAAAAUCAAAUCAACUUCGUUCACCUUUGCGCUCAUUACGAGAAGGUCGCGGCAUCGGGCCGGCACGAGGUAUUUCUCUCGCGGCAUAGACGACAACGGCAAUGUUUCAAACUACAACGAGACCGAACAAAUUGUCAUCUUGAACGACACCGCCGGAGGUCUGGCUGGUUUUGCGGGGGGCCAGUCGAUGAAAGAGAAACCCGGUGUGUCGGGCCACGACCUCCAGGUAAUAGCGUUUGUUCAGACCAGAGGAAGCGUGCCGGUGUAUUGGGCCGAAGUCAACAAUCUCAAAUACACUCCUAAGCUCCAAGUUCGUGGCGUGGAAACGGCUAUUGAUGCGGCCAGAAAGCAUUUCACCGAUCAGAUUCGACUGUACGGGGAGAAUUAUUUGGUUAAUCUUGUCAACCAAAAAGGAAGAGAAGAGCGUGUCAAAUCCGCCUAUGAACAACUAGUACGCACAUUGGUAUCUUCGUCGACAGAGAGCACCGAGGCUGACGUAAAAUCCGCCGAAAAGGUCCAUGUUUUGGAAUCGGACCAGACACAGAAAGAGCUGGAUCGUUUACAUUACGUGUACUUCGACUUCCACAACGAAACCAAGGGCCUCAAAUGGCACCGCGCGGAGCUAUUGAUGGACCGACUAUUAGACGGACUGACGCGCGGUGGUUACUUCCGUGGCGUGGAGGACCCAGUAUUCCCGGAUGGGCAAUUGGAAAUCAGAUCCUCCCAGAGCAGUGUCGUCCGCACAAAUUGCAUGGACUGUUUGGAUAGAACCAACGUGGUGCAGAGCAUGCUGGGACGGUGGGCUUUGACACGGCAGCUGAUUGAUGCGGGGAUCCUUCGCGCCGGAGAAGCCGCAAAUGACGAUAAAGAUUUCGAGGAUUUAUUCCGCAACAUCUGGGCCGACAACGCCGACGUUGUUUCCAAGUCCUAUUCUGGAACUGGGGCGCUGAAAACCGAUUUCACUCGUACGGGUGAGCGCACGCGCGCGGGUAUGCUACAGGAUUUGAAUAACUCGAUCACCCGGUAUAUUCGGAAUAAUUUCAUGGACGGUCCCCGGCAAGACGGAUUCGAUGUAUUCCUGGGAACUUAUCUUCCUCCGAAUUCAACUCUUGGGAAUUUGCAGGUCUUUAUUGAUCGACGACCGCUCAUCAUUCAGUCCAUUCCGUACAUCCUGGCCGCAGGAGUGUUCUUUAUCAUGAUUUCCAUGUUGACUAGACGGUUGCCUGAUGCUGCCGUGUGGCCCUUGCGUUUGUUCAUUAUCGUGUGCCUAGUUGUGUCCGCCUGGUGUGCGCGCUUCGUUCUGGUGCAUGGCAUGCUUUACGUCAACUGGCCAAAACUAAACACACCUACGGCUGGUUCCGAAGGUUAUCAAGAUGCUCUUCUCAAGGCCCGAACAGACCCUGUCGUUGGCCAGCGGGACGGCAGCGGACGUCGGGGAGAAGUGAGUAACAUUCCUACUUCCUCUCUUGCAUGGGUUGGUGACACUCGCGGUCCUCUUACGCCUCCCCCGAUGAGAGGCUUGCGCAUGACUCCUAGAUUCUCACCUGGCAGUCAAAUCCUUCGGUCCUUUUCGUCUUACCCCGCCAUGUCUCGCAAUUAUGAGGCUGCCAUCGCGGCUCUAAAUUCUUUGCAAUCCAACUUUGCGACCGUCAAACUACUGAAUGUGCCGGAGACGAGGAAGGCUAUGAACCUACAGUCCCUUCCGGAGACAAUCGAAUGGUUUCGACGCAUCGGGUAUCAGCCUUCUGAUUUAAAUCGCCUCAACCCUGUCCAUGUUGCCGGAACAAAAGGCAAAGGAUCUACUUCAGCCUUUAUCGCCUCCAUUCUCUCCCAGUACACGGGUUCGCAAUCGUCCGGAUCAGAGGCAUCCCCACAGCUACAGAAAGUCGGCCUAUAUACCUCCCCGCAUUUGCGUUUCGCCCGAGAGCGCAUUCAGAUCGAUAACGAGCCGAUUUCCGAAGAAAAGUUCGCCCGAUACUUCUUCGAGGUAUGGGACCGCCUCGAGGCGGCCGCCCAAGCAGCCGGUGAAGACCCUACGAGCUCGCCAACCAAACCUCAAUACUUCCGCUACCUCUCUCUCAUGGCCUUCCAUGCGUACCUGAGCGAAGGAGUUAAUGCUGCAGUUAUCGAGUGUGGGAUUGGUGGGGAAUAUGAUUGCACCAACAUUAUCGAGCGCCCGGCUGCGUCUGCAAUCACCAGCUUGGGUAUCGACCACACGAACAUGCUUGGAACCACGAUAGAGGAAAUCGCUUGGCAUAAAGGUGGUAUCAUCAAACCGGGGACCAAGACUUUUAGCACCCCUCAGCAGGCCAGCGCAGAGAAAGUUCUCUUCGAUCGUGCAGCCGAAAAAGGAACGCAACUGGAAAUCGUGGCGAACCACCCUGAUCUGACUAGCAAUGGCAGCAUAAAGCUUGGUUUGGCAGGUGACUUCCAAUAUACGAACGCAGCGCUGGCUGCCGCAACGGCUGCUGAAUUUCUCAAGGAAGUUGGAAUCGAGGAUGUCACCCAGGAUUAUCUGCAGAAGCCUUUGCCAGCCAAGAUUCGCAAGGGUUUGGAAUUAGCUCGGCUAGGAGGUCGAUGCGAAACCAGGCACGAGAAGAACAUUUCUUGGUACGUUGAUGGGGGCCAUACGCUCGAGAGUAUCAAGCUGGCUGGCCAAUGGUUUGCCUCCCAGAUUCAAGCCAACUCCUCGUCGACUGACGCAGCGAGCAAGAAGCUCCGGGUCUUGAUCUUCAACCAACAGACUCGCGACAGCAAUGCCCUUGCCCAAGCGCUUUACGACACUCUGGUCGGGCCUCUUGGGUCUGAGCAACCGUUUACGCACGCCAUAUUCUGCACUAACGUCACCUACAAGGAUGCUGGAUACCGACCCGAUCUUGUCAGCAUGAACACCAAUGCAUCAGAUGUGGACAAGCUGCAGGUUCAAAAGAGCCUGGCGGAGAAGUGGAGUGCCAUCGAUCCCCAGGCAGAGGUCAAAGUUUACGGCACCAUCGAAGAAGCUGUGGACUUUACCCGACAGUUGGCAGCACAGGAAAAAGAUCGUGUCGGCAGCGACGAGACUCCUGUGAUGACCUUUGUCACCGGCAGUUUGCACCUGGUCGGUGGCUUCCUCGACGUGAUUGAAACCAAACCCAGCCAGCAGUAA